AAAGUAGUGAAUCAAGCUGCACACAGUGAUGUGAAGACAUAAAAUACUGUAAUAUUUUAAUAUUUUAACGGACGAACGAUCAUGUGUGGACCUCAUCCUGUCACAUCGCUUAACAACGGUAACCAGAGACGCUUUAGCUAGUUUCGCUCUUUAGCUAACGUCGUGAGAUGAAAUUAAACGAUGGUUUUCCUCGGUUCAUAUGAACGUGGAAGACUUAGUUGAUAACAGCUGCCACCUGUGCUAGUCGAGCGGACUCCUGAUCUCCCAGUUAUCAGAAGACAACAGAGGUCAUCUGUGUGUGAAAACAUCUUCAGUAUGUUGUCUGUGGGGGCUGAACGGGAUGGAGGGGACAUUGAGGAUUCGGAUGUGUCAGAAAUGGAUCCUGAUGAAAUACUAAAGAACCUGAAGGGCCUAGAUGAUAUGGAUGCUGAGCUUUUUGCAACAAUGAAAAAACCUAGUUCAGCCCCAAAACAAACAAAACCAGCUGGUGAUGAAGGGUCAAAGAAAGACUUCUCGGCAUUAGACAGUAAUAUAAAACCAGAUGGUGCAGGUAAUUCCAGGCAGUGGGUUUCUGCUUAUGAUCAGUCCACCACAAGAAGGAAGAAGCCAGAUUCUACACCUUCAUCUACAGGCCGAACCUCCAAGAAGUUCACCUUCUCUGAUCUGGAUGAUCCCUUGGAUGACUUGUUUCCGAGUGAAUCUAAGCCCAAACCAAAACCUACCUCUCAGCAGGCUCACCGAGAAAAUUCAGAGCCGUCUCAUUCUCCUUCACUGUCUCCUGUAAUAAAGAGGGACACAGUAACAAAGCCAGAGGAACAUGCAUUUAAUAAAAAGCUCACAAAAAAAGAGAAUGUGCUGUGGUCCAACACAGAGAGGCGAGGCCCCCCACAGAGAGUUCGUACAGCACUAGAUGAGAUUUUGGAGCGUGGGACUUCCCCUCGUCUUUUGGAGCGACCACCCACAGGCAAGAGGCAGGACCCACCUCAGUCUCAAGAGAGUCAACGUCAGGACGAGCCCCCGAGUGUGAAAGCUUUAGAAGAUGACCUCGUAUUUGGUUCCUACAAGCCAACAUUUGGAUCUGCAGGUGAAGGACGGCUGUCACGCAGACCUUCUGUGAGAUUUUCUGCAGAGGAUGUCAGUGUAGCGCCUGCUGCAAAAAUGGGCACAGACACUUCAUCCCCAGCAAUCAAGCCUGAAGUCUCUACAAACCAAAACAAAGAGGAAGGAGAUGAUGAUGAUGUUGAUGAUUGGUUAGCAGGAGCAUUGAGGAAGAAAAAGGCUCUAUUUGUGUCAAACUCUGAGGACAAACAGUCCAAGAAGGAAGAGUCUUUAGGAUCAGGGGAACAGUUGGAUCUGGAAUCUCUUCUUAGUGAACAAGUGACUUCACCAGCUGCCAGGAGCAGAAAUGGCACUUUGACAACUGUCAAGGAAAGUGACAUCCGUCUUGGACACACAAGCUCAGCUAUUGGUUCUGCUUCUGUCACGGAAGAGAAGACCAAGCAAGCUGUUCCACAUCGAAACCAAAAUCUAAUGCCAAGGCCAUCAAGUGCUGUCCAACAACAGGUGCCACUCACACCAGACAGUCUGCAGCAGCUGUUGUUACAACAGCAGGUGUUGCAGUCUCAAAUGCUGGGUCGUAGCGAUGCUGUGGAUGCAGGGGUCCUGCAGAGAUUGAAAGAGAAAGAUCAGCAGUCUGCAGAUAUUCAGGUUUUACAGGCUCGUAUCGUCCAGCUGGAAGGACAGGUCAAGACCUUGCAGCUGGAGAGAGACCUAAGCCAAAUGUUGGUAGAAACUGUACAACAGCGCCAUAAAGAGGAUAUGGAACUCAUGGAAAAUGCACACAGGGCACGCGUGAAGCUUCUUGAGGAAUCGGCAGCUCAAAGGGAAAAGCAAUCUCAGCAGGAGUAUGAGGACUUGAUGGAAUGCCUGGCCACAUUAAGACGAUCAGCUGAGCAGGAGCGCUCAGAGCUGCAGGGUCAGUACCAGCGCAAAAUAUCCCAGGCCCAGCAGGACAGAGAUCGUGAAGUGGAAAGACUCCGAGAUCUGCAAAGGAAAGCUAUCUUGGAGAUGAAGGAGGACCAUGAAGACCACGUUCAGAGGCUGAAGAGGUUGAAGGAUGAGGAAAUCGAUGCACUCACAAGUGCAACAUCACAAACCAGGUCUCUUACAGCAGUGAUUGAACAGAUGGAGAAGUUUUCCUCUCGACUUGGAGAGCUUUCCUCUCGAGUGGAGAGCACACACGAACAUACAACACAAGGCCUGGAGCACAGGACACAGCACAGAGACAAACAGCUUCAGAUAAUGCAGGAUCGUCUGAACCAGCAGCAGAAAUCGAUGUUGGAGGAGAAAGCUUAUCUUAAGGAAAUUAUCGCCAGGAUGGACACUCAGCUCACCGAGCAGCAGAGACAACUUGAGAAGGAACGCUGGAAGAUGACAGCAGAGCAGGCCAAGGCAGAGUCCACCCUAAGAACCCUGGAAGAGGAGCGCCGGGUUCUGAACUUGCAGAUCAGUUUGGAGAGGGAGGAGCUGGAAAAAGCUAAGAACGCUUUAGUCGAGGAGCAGAAGGCAGUGAUGCAACGUUGUGCAGAGGAGAGGAGGAGGCUGGCUGCAGAGAGGAACCAGUUCCACGAUCAAGAGAAGCAGAGACGUGAUAGGGCUGAUCAGGAGGCACAGGAACAGAGUGAGCUGAAGCUUCGUGCUGCUGAGAUAAAGCAGAAGGAAAUAACCUUGACACAAGAAAGAGAUGCACUUAAGAGAUUAAGGGAGGAGUUGGACACGGAGAAAGAGAGAAUAAGCGACACGGCCCUGAGGCUCAAGACACGAGUUCAGGAGGUGGAGGCCUUCAGUAAGCUAGCUGCAGAGAAGUAUGAGGAAGGAGAACAAGCGUUACAGGAGGCCAAACGUGUGGAGGCUGAACACCAGAGAAGGCUCAGAAAUGUUCAUUCACAAACAGAGAACCUGAGGCAGCAGCAGCAGCAAAUCCUUCAGGAACAAAUAAGGUUGUCCCAUCUGAAAAAGGGGGCAGAGAGUCUGAGACCGGACAUUCCAAUGACCUCAUUACCGCAGAUACCACCAGACUCAGGAUUGUCAAGCUCUAAGUUGACAUCAUCUUCAUUUAUUGCACCUCCUACUUCGUUUUCUAGCUGUGAGUCUACGGAACUCGAGGCGAGUCUGGCUCUGUGGAAGUACAAUGCAUCAAAGGAUGGUGAUUACCUGCAACAAGAGCAAAUCUACCUCAACAAAUUGAAGAGUAAAUCACACAGAACAAAAUGAGAUUGGAGGACGAAGGAGCCAGAGAACAGCGCGCGCUUUAAACAGGAGACAUGAUGAGACCUAAUCAGACACGGCUGCUGCUGCAGUGAGGGAAGAAAAACAAGCUUUGUGUGAGGUGAAUUUCCACCCAUCAGUAAUAACCACUGUGAAUGCAGUGAGCAGCAGAAGUCAUGAAGCAGCAGUUCCAUGCUACAUUUACAUUUUUUUCCCCAGCAUCAUCAUCAAAUUAUCGUUUUUUUUUUUUUUUAAUGCAAAAGGUCUGUAUUUUCCCCAACACCACAUGGGACAUGAGCCUAGAUUUGGUCUGUUUUCUUCUAACAAAGUUCUCUGUUCCACUCCACUGUGAUGCUGUAACUGGUGUUCAAAUGGACAAAAGUUGCAUGAUGUCAAUUUUUUUCUAAUCACAGCCACAGAAGCCUAUAAUGUCUUCAGAGUUGUCAUUGGUGACUUGGUGGCUUCCCUCACUAGUUUCCUUGCAUGAUCCCUGUGCGCAGCUGCCUAUUUCAGACAGAUUUACCAAACUGUUUGUAUGUAGAGCCCGACUGAUAUGGAUUUAUUUUUUUUAGGCCGAUGCCGAUAACGAUAUUUGGAUGAAAAAAAUGCUGAUAAUC